AUGGGCAUACCACAAAAGUCCACUAGGACCAAAACACGAAGACGCCUUAGAGACUUGGAUCAAAUUUCGGAAGACAUACGCUCGCCCAAACACCUUCAACAGUAUAUAAAUACCAAAGUCGCUGAAGAUCUACCUGGAUUGGGCCAGUUUUACUGCAUUGAGUGUGCAAAAUGGUUCGCAGAUGAUCAUGCAUUGAUUUCACAUAAACGAGGAAGCACUCACAAGAGACGCAAGAAAGCCCUAAAGGAUGAGCCAUACACCCAGAAAGAAGCUGAGGGAGCCAUUGGGCUAAGGACAGAUAAUGGACCUCGUUCGCUGGCGCAAGAAAAGAUGGAAGAUGUCGAGAUGGAUAUUGCGAACGCGGAGCUAACUGAAACUGUAUAA